GUGGCUGUGGCUUGUCCUCCUGGGGACCCAGGGCCGGGAGGGAGCUGGCAGGGUUCCCUGGAGGGCGUGGCCUCCCUCAGCCUAUGACUGAGCCAGGAAGUCCGCCGGGAGCUGCUCUCAGCUCUCCCAGCCGGUCCCACAAUAACAAGAGGGAGCAGCAUAACAGGGAAACGGAAGAGAAGGGACCGGACUGAGAAGGGACCCAGAAACCCGAUCUGCACGCGCUGAGGGAGCUGAGCAGGGGCACAGCACCUGCUCUGUCACUGAGAGGCCCCUGGCACGCCAGCUGGCGGAGAGCUCUGCUGUCAGCAUGGGGAGAAGACGCCAGACGCCUGGAUGAGGCCACCCCUUAGCUGCACCCCGGGGCAGGCGCGGAGUUCGGGGAGCUGAGCCCCAGGGCCCAGCGGAGGCAGGACCGCGGACAGGCUGGAGCCCCCAGUCCUGGAGGCAUGCCCCCCACCCGCUACCUCUUCAUCGUCCCCCUCUCCUGUGUGAUUCUCUUCAUCGCCUUCUAUGUGCUCAGUUUCGGGAGGGAGCAGAGCUUCCAGCUGAAUAACAAGGAGACCUCGCUCCUCACGCAAGCCUGCGCUGCCUUCAGCGAAGGCAAAACCCCUUUCCUGUGGAGACACAAGCUCAGGAUCCAAGAGCAGGCCUCCUGCCGGGACUACCUCGCCCAGGGCCACUACGUGUCCACCCCGCUGUCCGCCGAGGAGGCCGCCUUCCCGCUGGCCUACGCCAUGGUGGUGCACAAGGACUUCGGCACCUUCGAGCGGCUCUUCAGGGCCGUGUACGCGCCCCAGAACGUGUACUGCGUGCACGUGGACCGCAAGGCGGACCCCGACUUCCAGCGGGCCGUGGAGCGGCUGCUGCGCUGCUUCCCCAACGCCUUCGCCGCCUCGCGGAGGGAGCCGGUGGUGUACGGGGGUGUGUCGCGGCUGCAGGCCGACCUGCACUGCCUGGCGGACCUGGCGGGCUCGGCCGUGCCCUGGAGGUACGUGCUCAACACCUGCGGACAGGACUUCCCGCUGAGGACCAACCUGGAGAUCGUGCGCUACCUGAAGGGCCUCCGGGGGCGCAACAUCACCCCGGGGGUGCUGCCCCCCGUGCACGCGGUGCCCAGGACCAGGUACGUGCACCGGGAGCACCUGGCCAAGGAGGCCUCCUACGUGAUCCGGACGGCGGCGCUCAAGGCGCCUGCGCCGCACAACCUGACCAUCUACUUCGGCUCAGCGUACGUGGCGCUGACCAGGCCCUUCGUGGACUUUGUCCUGCAUGACCCGAGGGCCGUGGACCUGCUGCGGUGGUCGCAGGACACCUUCAGCCCCGACGAGCACUUCUGGGUGACGCUGAACCGCAUCCCAGGUAGGACGCUCCCGAGGGCCUGUGCCAUAUGAGCAACGGUCGCGCGUGGGGCAGGUGCUCAGCGGUGCCCGGCCCUGUCCUCACAUCUCUACCGCGGUCAGGCCUCCCA